AUGGCGGAAUUUGCAUACAACAACGCCGUACAUAGCAGUACUGGGAAAACACCGUUCAAAGCCUUAUAUGGAUGGGAGCCUUCCCUGACCCCGUCCAACAUACCAACAGAUGUACCGGAAGCCAAUGAUCUAGCUCAGACAAUGGAAUCUCAGUGGAGAGAAGUGGAAGCUGCACUCCGGCAAUCCAAGACAAAAAUGACCGCUGGAAAGGAAGGAAGCCCAACCAAAUUUGAAGUAGGGGAAGAAGUAUGGCUUGACGCCAGAAACGUUAACCUAAAAACCUUGAGCCCCAAACUGACGGAACAACGUCUGGGACCGUUCAAAGUCUCCAAAAAAAUCUCCAACCAUGCUUACCAACUCAAACUUCCUUCAACUAUGCGCAUCCACAAUGUCUUCUACGUGGGACUAUUGUCAAAGGUCAAAAGAGAUAACAAACGCGCCUUUGAAAAUUGCCCCCCUCCAGUCACUGUGGAUGGGGAAGAAGAAUAUGAGGUGGAAGGAAUCACGGACAUGGAAGAAAGGAACGGGAAAUGGUUCUUUAGGGUAAAAUGGAAGGGCUAUGGGUCAGAGGAGAACACCUGGGAACCAAGGGAAAACCUCAAAAACGCCAAAAAAAUCCUAGAAAAAUUUGAAAAAGAAAUGAAAAAGAAGGCCCUUGGCGCUGCCAAGGCCCUUAGAGGGGGGGCAGUGUUGUAG